AUGAAGUACGCCGUCGUCGCCGCCUCCCUCUUCGCCGCCGUGUUCGCCCAGGGUCCCGCCUACGGCAACCCUCAAUCCUCUCCGGGUACGUCUGACCCAGCGUGGCCAGUGACCUUUGUCACCGUCACCGUGACCUCGUGCUCCGACGCUUAUCCUGGUUGCUCCACAGCCUACACUCCCACCGAGCCGGCCUACACUCCCCAGAGCAUCCCGCCCUACAACACCGGCUACACCCCGUCGGGUGGCGCGCCUAGCUACCCCACCGGCGGCUGGGGUGCGCCUUCCUACCCGACCAACACCCCCUCUACCCCAGUCACCUCUCCCACCUGGGGCGCUCCUCAGUACCCGACCACCAGCCCCACCGGCUCCUGGUCCACCCCGGCCACCACCCCGUCCAACCCGGCCUACAGCACCUGGGGCACCACUCCCUCCGGCACCUGGGCCACCACUCCCUCCGGCACCACCCCGUCCGGCAGCUGGACCAAGACCCCCACGCAGCCCGCCUACUCCUCCUCCACCUGGACUCCUCCCACCGGUGCCGGCGAGAAGGUGCAGGCCGCCGGCCUCCUCAUGGGCGCCGGCGCGCUCGUCGCCCUCUUCUUGUAA